AUGGGGUUGGCCAAUGGGACCACAGUCCAGGAAUUCAUUUUGCUGGGAUUUGAAGUUGUGCCACAGAAACGAUUCACGCUCCUUGUUGUCUUCACCAUUCUCUACAUUCUCACUUUAGCUGAGAACAUCACCAUUAUUCUACUGGUGUUUAUAGAUGCCCACUUGGCCCAGAUUCCUAUGUACAUCCUGCUGGGCAACUUCUCCUGGUUGGAGAUGUGCUAUGUGUCCACCACUGUGCCCCGCAUGAUCUUUGACCUGGCAUCCCCUCCUGGAAUUAUGUCCUUCCAUGCCUGCUUCCUCCAGUUCUACAUCUUAUUCUCUCUUGGCUCUACUGAAUUCUUCUUCCUCUCAGCCAUGGCUUUGGAUCGGUACUUGGCCAUCUGCCACCCAUUGCAUUACCUACAGAUCAUGUCCCGAAAUUCCUGCUAUUGUCUGGUGGCUGCUUGUUGGGUCCUUGGAUUUCUGGCUCACAUCCUCCCAGUGACUUUGGUUUCCAAGUUGUCUUUCUGUAGAUCUAACAUUAUUGACCAUUUUCUUUGUGAUCCUGUGCCAAUUCUGUCCCUGGCCUGCCCUCCACUCGGAAAUACUUCACUUGUUUGCCAUCUUGUCAUGCAUACUGUGUUUUUUGGCAAUGUCUUUGUAGUUUUGUUAUCAUAUGGCAUGGUAAUUUUCACCCUGCUGAAAUCCUGUAAGCAAGGCAGUUGUAGCAAGGCCUUCUCAACCAUAUCAAUGCACCUAUUGGUGGUGACCCUUUUCUAUGGAUCAGUAGGAGGGAUGUAUUUAAUUCCAGGUGGAGAAAGCCAGGCAGAGCUCACUAAGGCAAUAACACUCUUCUAUGCUGUCAUUACGCCCUUUCUCAACCCCUUGAUCUACUGUCUGAGAAAUGAUCAGGUGAAAGUGGCACUGGGUAGGCUGCUGAGGAGGAUAUUGAGUUGA